AUGUCCAGGAACUAUCGGGGUGACAUUGAGAUGUCGGUGAUCGAUUCGUUCAUGCCACUGCUCAUGGAGAAGGAGGACGAGGGCCAGCUAGCCCCAGUGCUGCAGAAAAACGAUGUCAGCUAUGAUUUUGAAGAGGAGUCUGUACGUGACAAUUUUGUCGUAUUCUACGAACUUCUGGAUGAGAUGAUGGAUUUCGGUUACCCUCAAACAACCGAAGGCCGCAUCUUGCAGGAAUACAUUACACAGGAACGAUAUAUGCUAGAUAUUGCUCCACGUCCUCCGAUGGCAGUCACAAAUGCUGUCUCGUGGCGCUCCGAUGGCUUGAAAUAUCGCAAGAACGAAGUUUUUCUUGAUGUUAUCGAAUCUGUUAAUAUGCUGGCCAAUGCAUCGGGCACGGUGUUGCGCAGUGAAAUUGUUGGCACAAUUAGAAUGCGAGUAUUGCUUUCCGGGAUGCCUGAACUGCGUCUUGGCCUUAACGAUAAAUUUUUAGGGGGACGCGGCAAAGCAGUGGAGUUAGAAGAUGUAAAAUUCCACCAGUGUGUACGACUCUCUCGAUUUGAAAAUGACCGCACAAUAAGUUUCGUACCGCCUGAUGGCGAAUUUGAACUGAUGAAUUAUCGCCUGACAACAACGGUCAAACCGCUAAUUUGGGUGGAGGCCUGUAUGGAGAAGCAUGCCCAUUCCAGAGUCGAAUAUAUGGUCAAGGCGAAAUCACAGUUCAAACGACAGUCCAUUGCGAACCAUGUGGAGGUUAUAAUUCCCGUUCCGAGCGAUGCGGACUCGCCGAAAUUCAAGACUUCUGUGGGCUCAGUCAAAUAUGUCCCCGAACUGAAUGCAUUUGUUUGGAUGAUCCGAAGUUUCCCUGGAGGCCGCGAAUAUCUCAUGCGGGCACAUUUUAGCUUGCCAUCAAUUGUAGUUGACGAAGCAGAAGGCAAACCACCAAUUUCUGUCAAGUUUGAAAUACCAUAUUUUACAACAAGUGGCCUCCAGGUGCAUUUCUUUAAACAUUUUUUUUUUGAUAGCUAUUCCGAAUAG